AUGAACACGUUUCAAAUGAGCCAGUCACGCGCCGGCGGCGGCGGCGGCGGCAAGUCCUCCAAGGGCAAGAGCUUCUCUUCCAAGGGCAAGAUCGAGAAGUACCAUCAGGACGGCACGGAGACGAUUAUUGUGAUGGGUCGACCUUUCCGUGUGCUGCAAAAGCUCGGUGGUGGGGAGCCGCAGGCCGCGAACUACAAGGACCGCGGCCGCAGGAACGCCAGGGAAGUUCGCUCCUAUGUCUUCCUGGUGGAAAACACAGAGAACCUGUCGGAGUUCCCGCGGCAUUUUGCGUUGAAGCGGUCCUUCUUCAACGUAAACGAGGUGUUGCUGGCGCACCGGGAGCCGGAGGUGGUGGGGCGGGUGAAGGACAAGAACAUCGUGCGGGUGUUUCACACGGAGGUCACCCGCAGUGAAGGGAAGCUGGGCGUCACCGUCGCCAUGGAGUACUGCAGCAACGACUUUUACCGCCGGCUUCGCCCAGACACGCGGGUGGCGGAGGGGGAGAUUGUGCAGGUCCUUUUGGCCGUCACCAGCGCCGUGGGGUACCUGCACUCGCGGCAGCCGCCCAUCGCCCACCGCGACAUCACCCCGGAGCACAUUUUGAUCCACUCCGGCUCAACCGGGGCCGCCUCCUACCGCCUGUGCAACUUUAGUAGCGCGAUAAUGGAGGCGUACCACUGCGCCAACCGUGAGGAGGUGGCGAUGGCGGUGGAGGAUAUUGAGCGCAACACGUCGCCGGGCUUUCGCGCGCCCGAGAUGGCGGACCCGGGGAGCGGGAAACGCAUCGACGAGCGCGUGGACCUGUGGUCUAUUGGGGUGCUGCUCUACUACAUGAUGUACCUGCGCCUGCCAUUUGGGGAGACGAACAUGGGGUUGACGGGCCGCCUCAGGCUGCGGUUUCCCGCGGGGACGGAGAUGUGGUACUCCGGCUCCCUGCGCAUAGCCCUGAUGCACCUGCUGGAGCCGGACCCGGACAAGCGAUGGGACAUCUUUGCCCUCACCAACUUCCUGCGCUUCGACGAGGACAUAAGCAAACACAUUGGCAACUUUUUUUUCACCGUGACGGAGUGGCCCGACGGGUGGGAGCAGCAGGACGUCAAGGUGGUGAACCGCGUGCCCCCGCCCAAGGCGCCGCCCGUGCGCGUGAGUGGCGCACCGCCCGCCGAGGAGGCCACCCGUAACGCAGGUGCGGGGGGGGCAACUCCAGUGCAGGCCACCGCGGAGAGGGAGCCCGGCUCCCCGCUAGGCGGUGCGGAGGAGGAGUUGGACCCGGUGGCGCUCGCGGCACUAGGCAUCGACGUCGACAACGAUGACCCCGAGAUGCGGCAGUACUACAAAAUGCUCAUCCAAGAGCAAAAGGAGGCCUGGAGCGCGGCCAAGGCCGCCAGCGCAAGGAAGGCCAGGGACGCGGCGGCCGCGAGGCAUAGCCAAUCUCAAGAAACGCGUGGGGAGAGCCACAAUGGAGCGGGGGCAGAACAGCCGCAGUCGCAGUCGCAGCCGCAAAAGGAGGAGCCACGGAAAGACGAUAAAAAGGACCUCUUUGAAGACUUGUUCGCCCCGGCUCCGGCGCCCCAGCCGGCGUCCUAUAGUGUCCCUGCCGCGUCCUCUCAGCCACCACUGCCGCCAAACUUGGUGAGUGAGGAAAAGAGUUGGCAGGAUACACUCUUCGGUGGCGCGCCGGCGUCGCCGCCGCCGCCGCCACAGACGCAAAACGCUUUUGGUACGAUGGACAAUGGCUGGGGUUCUGGGGCGCCGACGAUGGCCCCGGCUGCGGGGUACGGCAUUGACGGAGCGUACAUUGGACCGCAGUUUGCAACGGCGCAGCAACCGCAGCCGCAGCCGCAGCCGCAGCCGCAGCCGCAACUUCAAUACCAGACCCAGCAGUCUUCCUCCCCAUGGGGGGGCGUCCCGCCCUCUGGGACGCAGGCACCGCCGAUGCAGCAGCAACAGCCCGUUGGUCAGCAGGCCCCGAUGGACUUUGCCACUGGAAGUUUUCCACCCUCCGCUCCGGUUGAGCCGAAGCCGAAGAAAAAGAAGGAUCCCUUUGAGGAUCUCUUCUAUUAG